CCGCGGCCGCGGCCGGUUUUUCGGCCCCGGCCGUGACCGGCUGUGCAACAUAGCAUAGCUGCGCUACUGGCAUGACUCCUAACCAACUGCAUCUUGGUUGGAAGCCUAGAGCCGCCUGUAAGCUAGACUUUUUGCUACCUAAGGGUCAAACAUCUGCAGCACCUGGCAACAUAGAGUUUGCUUUAAAGUAUGAACAGAUGCUGCAACAGGCUGUAGAUCACAUAAAGAAAGCUCAGGAUGCCAUGGUUGCAUCCGAGAACAAGCAUGGACGGCCCUCACAAGUUCAGGUUAUCUCAAGCUCCGAGGGGAAUAUCCUGGAUGACGAAACAGCUAUCGACGUUAUAUCGUCAUCGAAGGCGUUAUCGGUGGAGAUAGCAGAUAAGCAGAAGAUUGCCGAGAGGACUGAAGCGAAAAUCGACGAUGCAAGAAAAGGUUAUCUCCCUGUCGCUCAGCACGGUGCGGCGCUGUUCUUUGUAAUCUCUCACUUAGCGGUCAUUGCGCCCAUGUACCAGUAUUCUCUCACAUGGUACAUAUCGCUCUUCCUGGCAUCCGUGGCCCGCUCGGAGCGCUCCAGCGAUCUCUCAGUCCGAAUUAAUAAUUUGAAUGGACACUUCACCUACGCUCUGUACUGCCAAGUCUGUCGCUCGCUGUUCGCAAAUGACAAGCUCCUCUUCUCCCUCCUCCUAACUAUGACUGUGCUUGAGAGGCAGGGGAAGGUAAGCAAGGCCGACUUUCGAUUCUUGGUAGGUGGAGGAGGGAUGGCAAGCGGCGCGGACAAGAGAGGCAGAUACGGCAAAGGAGUCGCGCCAUUGCAGGGCAGAAUCAAUGCAGCUAACGAAGGGAUGCACGACGAGAAAAAGGAACGAGGAGAAGAAUCAGGUAAAAGCGCUUCGACUGCUGCUUCUGCUGGUGACAGGGGUGCCGAAGGACCUACAAUGGUCAAUCCUGCCUCAACGUGGUUGGCGGAUCGCCUAUGGUUAGAAGCUCAACAGUUGUCGACGAUAUUCCCUUCUCUUUCGUCGUUAGCCGCUGCCAUUGCCUCCAGUCCUGAUCAGUGGAAAGCCCUCUACGACAGCUCCAACCCCCACAAGAUGGCCCUACCCACGGUCACGAUCACUGUCAACGGAGGCGGUAGCGCAAGCGGGGGAGUGUUCCUUGGGGAGAAGUUGAGCAAGCUCGAGCGGCUUCUCGUCCUUCGCGUCAUUCGCCCGGAUAAGCUGGUAGCAGGGCUAAUCCUGUUCAUUAUGGAGACAAUGGGUCAGAAAUACAUCGAGCCGCCACCGUUCGAUCUGAAUCAAUCCUUCAGUGAAUCUACUUCCACCACCCCUUUGGUGUUUGUUUUGUCGGCCGGCACCGACCCGAUGGCGCUGCUGCUCCGUUUUGCCGAGUCCUCGCGGCAUCCCAUCCUGUCGAUUUCCUUGGGCCAAGGUCAAGGUCCCAAAGCUGCAGCAAUGAUCGGCGAUGCUGUGAACAGUGGUUCCUGGGUCGUACUGCAAAACUGCCACCUGGCAGUAAGCUGGAUGCCAACACUCGAGAGGAUCUGCGAAGGCAUUGUGUCCGAGAAGACGAACGCAGGGUUUCGGCUAUGGCUCACUUCUUACCCCAGUGAUCAUUUUCCCGUGACCAUCCUUCAGAACAGCGUCAAGAUGACCAACGAGCCCCCCAAGGGAAUGCGUGCCAACAUGCUGCAGUCGUACUGGAGUGAUCCAAUUUCGGACGAGAGAUUCUUCUGCGGCUGUACCGAUAGGGGACCGGUUUGGCGCAAACUUCUCUUUGGGCUUUGCUUUUUCCAUGCGUUCGUUUUAGAGCGCCGAAAAUUCGGGCCCCUGGGUUGGAACAUCCCGUAUCAGUUUACUGAAUCGGACCAGAAAAUUAGCGUCACGCAGCUGCAGAUGUUCCUGAAUGAGUUUCCGGAGACGCUUCCCUUCUCCGCGCUGCUCUACCUAACGGGCGAGUGCAACUACGGGGGUCGUGUGACAGACGCGCAUGACAGGAGAACCUUAAUGUCCAUCCUGUCAAUUGUCUACACACCGCACAUCCUUGACGACUUGUACCGGUUUUCCCCCUCAGGCAUCUACUACGCCCCGCCGGACGGCGAUUAUCAGUCGUACCUGGAACACAUAAAGACCUUCCCUCAUGUUGAUCAACCGGAGGUCUUUGGUCUGCACGAGAACGCGGACAUUAUCAAGGACCAAAAGGAGGCGAACGAACUUUUCACGUCCAUAUUGGCAAUUCUCAUGCAAAGCCAGGGGGUCGAGGCGGAGGAGCACGAGGCAGAAAGGACGCCACCGAGCGACUCUGCCUCGUUCUCCACUCUGGGAUCGGCAACAGCUGCAUCAACCGUUACGACAAGGGAGCAAAGGCUAACCGACUUGGCUGCUGACAUACUAAAUCGCAUCCCUCCUCCCUUCAAUAUCGAGCUAGUCUCUUUCUUGUUCCCAGUUCGCUACGAGGAGAGUAUGAAUUCAGUCCUUUGCCAAGAGAUGGUGCGAUUCAAUCGCCUCACAGAUGUCAUCCGAUCAUCAUUAUUGUCCUUGCAAAAGGGCCUGAAAGGGUUAGUUGUUAUGUCGGCGGACCUAGAGCGGCUGGGCAACUCCAUGUACCUGGGACAGCUGCCUGCUGCAUGGGCAAGCCGAUCAUAUCCCUCGCUUAAGCCACUCGGAAGCUACGUCGAUGAUCUCAUUCAUCGGCUAAAUAUGUUGGCAACCUGGAUGUCAGAGGGGGGGCCACCCACGUUCUGGAUAAGCGGCUUCUAUUUCCCGCACGCAUUUCUUACCGGAGUUCUACAGAACUAUGCCCGCAAGCACGCUAUCCCGAUUGACACCAUCGCCUUCGAGUUUGAGUGCAUGAAAGAUCCUCCUGAUCUUUCUCCGGAUGAAUUACCCAAGCCUCAUUUCAACCCGCCGGACAAGAAGGGCCAUUAUUAUAGAACAAGACCAGAAGACGGUGCCUACGUGGCCGGAAUGUUCAUUGAAGGCGCAGGGUGGGAUGCCAAUCACAUGCAACUCGCAGAGUCUACACCCAAGGUAUUGCAUUGGCCCGCUCCUGUCAUCUGGUUUAGACCAUGCCAGGUCCACAAGCGCCGAGAAUACGCCAAUUAUGCUUGCCCGGUCUACAGAACUGCUGAAAGAAGAGGGGUGCUCGCGACUACGGGCCAUUCAUCCAAUUUUGUAAUAGACGUCCUCCUUCCAACUCAAAUGCCACCGGAUCACUGGAUCCGAAGAGGCGUAGCGAUGAUUCUUUCCUUGAGCGAGUAGCAAACAAUCUCCGGUUCCAGAUUGAACGCAAUUUUGCUUCGUCAACGCCAUAAACAUCAAGUGGAAAAACUUUCACGACCAUAGUUUCCUGGUCUAUGUUGGAAACUAAGACGCUAGACGGGUUUUGUUUUGGACUUCUACUCCGAGCCUCAACCCUGCCUCCCUUUCUCGAUGACAUAUGCAAAACGGGAGUGGGCUUUAAGAGGCUGUUUGCAAUCUUAUAAAUUGACAAGUUUUAAUUAUCCAUUCGAUUGAGACAGAAAGGGCAUGCAUAAGUGACUCUAAAUCAAUAACAUAGCAUACC